AUGCCAGUCACAAAGAAGGUGACUUCUGCAGCUGCAGCAACUGCUGCUGCGCCGUCCUUAAAACUAUUGAACGUUAAAUUCAGACAGAUUCAAAUAUCGGCGGGAGACAUUUGGCGUUUUGUCGAUAAUUUUCAAGAAGAAUGUUCUACUUCUGAAAUUGAGGUACGCCUGGAGGAGUUAGACAGUUUAUGGGAACGGUUUAACGAUGCGUUAGUAGACAUUCAAUCGCACGAAGACUUUGAUGAAUUCGAAAAUACCUGCGAAAAAGAUAGGCUACUUUACAGUGAGCAAUAUUACCAUGCAAAAUCGUUUCUGAUGGAUAGAAUUAAAGAGAGGAGGAGGGUUCCGGAAAAUGAACAAACUUCUCGGGCCAACGAAAGCUUAUCACAAUCCACACUUGAUCAUGUUCGACUUCCUCAGAUCAAGUUGCAGACCUUCAAUGGUGAUAUUGAAGAAUGGUUAAGCUUCAGGGAUCUUUAUACUUCGUUGAUUCAUUGGAAACCCGACUUACCUGAAGUGGAAAAGUUCCAUUAUUUAAAGGGCUGCUUGCAAGGUGAACCGAAAGCCCUUAUUGACCCUUUGAAAAUUACUCAAGCAAACUAUCAAAUCGCUUGGGAUUUGUUAGUAAAGCGCUACAAUAACAACAAACAACUUCGGAAAAGACAGGUUCAAGCCCUGUUCCAACUGCCAACACUCACCAAGGAAUCCGUCACAGAUUUGCACGUUCUUUUAGAAGGUUUCGAAAGAAUUGUGCAGACCUUGGAUCAAAUCGUACAACCGGUAGAUUAUAAGGAUCUGCUAUUGGUUCAGAUUCUCUCCUCGCGUCUCGAUCCAGUGACACGCAGAGGAUGGGAAGAAUUUUCGGCAAAUGAGGACCAAGAUUUGAUAAAAAACUUGACGGAAUUCCUGCAGAGGCGAGUUCGCGUUUUGGAAUCGUUACCAGCUAAACCAGUUGAGCAAAAACUUCCACAGCAGCAAUUAUCAUCUGUUAAACCAAAACCAUUCGUGAGGCGAAGCUUUAAUACGGUUCAAACGUUCGGCAAACGUUGUGUAGCUUGCGCGUCAGAUCAUCCGCUGUAUCAAUGUUCAAGUUUUCAGCGCAUGGCAGUGGCUGAUCGGGAAAAGCUGUUGCGAACGAAUCAACUGUGUCGGAAUUGUUUCAACAAGGGUCACAAGGCGGUAGAAUGCAGGUCGAAAUACUCUUGCCGACAUUGCAAGGGUCGUCAUCAUAGUCUGGUCUGCUUCGACCACGAAAGGGCAGCAUCAACAAGUUCGGAACAACGCAGAGGUGAAUCAACGCGUACGGAUUCUGACACCAGCUCCACACAAGUCACUACAUCAGCAGCAACGGUCACGAAAUCAGCGAAUACUUCACAGUGCUCAGCGCAAAUUCUUUUGGCAACCGCAGUGGUGGUUCUAGAGGACGAUUACGGUAAUCGGUAUCCAGCACGGGCUCUUUUGGACUCGGGGUCAGAGAGCAACCUACUCACGGAGCGCAUGAGCCAACGCCUGAAGGUUCCCAGGGAAAGGGUGGACAUUUCAGUGAUUGGAAUCGGGCAAGCAUCCACCAGGGUUAAGCAGAGAAUUCGAGCAUCUGUCAGAUCACGCAUUUCCGAAUUCGAACGGUCGAUGAGUUUCCUCGUUUUGCCAAAGGUAACCGCUAACUUGCCUGUCGCCUCGAUAACCACCAAGGGAUGGAAGAUUCCAAAGGGUAUUGAACUUGCUGAUCCGUCUUUUUCAAUUUCUGGUGAAGUUGACAUCGUGUUGGGUAUUGAAGCUUUCUUUGAAUACUUUGAUAGUGGCAAGAAGAUCCAUCUUGGGGCUGGACUACCAACACUGAACUAUUCCGUAUUUGGAUGGGUAGUUUGUGGAGGGAUUUCUCAAUCUAGAACCUCUAUCUCCGUGGCGAAUAAUUCCAUUUCGGCAGAAGAAUCCCUAGAAUCCUUGAUGACUCGAUUUUGGUCCCUAGAGGAGGUCGAGUCCCCGGUCGUAUUUUCACCUGAAGAAGCUCGCUGCGAAACCCUAUUUACCCAGACGGUGCAGCGACAGCCUAAUGGACGUUAUACAGUCACUUUACCCAAGAAUGAAAACGUUUUGGCGCAACUUGGCGAAUCUAAGGAGAUCGCAUUGCGGCGUUUUCUAGCCACGGAACGAAGAUUAGCCAGAGAUGAGAACCUGAGGAGUCAAUACAUCGCUUUUAUGGAAGAAUAUGUCAGUUUGGGUCAUAUGCGUAUGGUUCAUGAGUCAGAUUACGAGUCAGCUAUCAAGUCAGUUCAUGGGUCAGAUAUGAGAUCAAGUAAUGAGUCAGUUUAUGAGUCUGUUGAAGAGUCAGCAGGACGGUCUGUUGAAAUGUGUGAGAAUGAGUCUGUAAAUGAGUCAGUUGAUAAGUCAGUAAGAUCAAGGUCAGUGAAUGCGUCUGUAAACAAUGUCAGAAAUUUGUCAGAAGGUAGCAUGGGUAAAAAAUCAGUCGGACGCUGUUAUUUGCCUCACCAUCCGGUGGUUAAAGAGGCCAGCACCACCACGAAGCUGAGAGUGGUAUUCGAUGCUUCUUGCAAAACAUCUUCCGGAAUAUCCCUAAACGAUUCGUUGCUUGUCGGUCCGGUUGUUCAAGAAGAUCUACGAUCGAUCAUCCUACGUUGUCGCACCAAACAGUUUAUGAUAGUCGCUGAUGUAGAGAAGAUGUUUCGUCAGAUUGAAGUACACCGAUCAGAUCAAUCUCUCCAGUCGAUAUUAUGGAGAUCUUCUCCUACCGAUGAGAUUUCGACCUACGAACUUUGCACGGUGACAUACGGAACAAAACCUGCACCGUUUUUGGCCACACGCACGCUUCGACAACUUGCUAUGGAUGAGGAGGUCAACUUUCCACUUGCAGCAAGGGCUGUUCUCGACGAUACGUAUAUGGAUGACGUAAUCACAGGAACAGAUGAUGCCUCAGAAGCCGGAACCUUACGAAGUCAACUGGAUGAUUUAAUGUCAAGCGGAGGAUUCCGCUUGAGGAAAUAUGCAUCUAAUUGUUUGGAGAUCUUAGGCAAUAUACCCCAAGAAAACUUGGCUAUUCCAUGCUCGGAAGGAACUCCACUCGAUCCCAAUCCCUCGGUUAAAACUUUGGGCCUUACUUGGAUGCCCGUUUCUGAUGAAUUCAGCUUCCAGUUUUCCUUGCAACCGUUAGACGAUAGCGAGCCUAUAACGAAACGUCGAAUUUUAGCAAUUAUCGCUACAUUGUUUGAUCCUCUGGGGCUACUUGGAGCCACGAUCGCAAGCGCGAAGAUCUUUAUGCAACUACUUUGGACGUUGCAAGACCAAAAAGGAGAAAAACUAAAUUGGGAUCAGCAGGUACCUCAAAUGGUGGGUGAGCAGUGGAAGAAAUAUCACCAACAACUUCCGCUUUUGAACCAAAUAAAACUCAACCGUUGUGUCAUCAUACCUCAGCCGAUAUCGAUUGAAUUACACUACUUUUCUGAUGCGUCAGAGAAGGCCUAUGGUGCGUGUGCCUACGUGCGCAGCCAGAAUCGUGAUGGUCAGGUACAUGUCAGUUUGCUCACUUCGAAAUCGCGAGUAGCACCACUCAAAUGUCAGAGUAUCCCCAGGCUUGAACUCUGCGGGGCCCUUGUGGCCGCAGAGCUCAAUGAGCAAAUAAAAAGGUCAGUUAAAAUGAGUUUGAGAACAGUUUUUUGGACUGAUUCUACAUGUGUUCUGCGUUGGCUUCAAUCGAUCCCAUCUACUUGGACCACUUUUGUCGCAAACCGAGUCAGCAAAAUCCAAACUCUAACGGAAGGUUGUCAAUGGAAUCACGUUGCCGGAAAAGAAAACCCAGCCGACCUCAUAUCACGCGGAAUAACACCGGAGGAAAUAGUAAACAAUCAAUUUUGGUGGAAUGGUCCAAGUUGGUUGUCGGAUAAUCCAGAUAGUUGGCCUAUUACCACGAGAACAUUCCCUGAAGGGGACGAGGAAAACGAACGAAGGCGUUCCACAAUAGCUGCGACAGGUUCAGAGAAGCAAGAAUUCAACAGAUGGUAUAUUUCGCACUUCUCCUCCUACACAAAGUUGAUUCGUUGCACUGCCAUUUGGAUGAGAUUGUGUCGGUUGCUAAAAAGGUCAGAACAAGGAUUUACGUCUGGAUUUCUUAGAACUGUCGAGUUAGCAGAAGCUGAACACGUUUUAGUUCGCCUUGUUCAAAGAGAAUGUUUCAAUGAUGAGCUUAAGGCACUCUCCAAUGGUGAUUUUGUGUCGCGUCGAUCCCCUCUUCGAUGGUUCAACCCCUUUCUCGAAAAUAAAUCCAUAAAAUUGGGUGGAAGACUUAAAAAUUCCUUGGAACCAGAAACUUUUAAACAUCCUCUUGUUCUCCCAGCUCAGCACUGUUUUACUAAAUUGUUGUUCCGUCAUUAUCAUGAAAAGUUGCUCCAUGGUGGACCCCAGCUGAUGCUCAGCGCAAUUAGGCAACGAUUCUGGCCACUCGGAGGAAGGAGUGGAGUUCGUAAUGUUGUUCACCAAUGCUUGAGAUGUUUCAAGACAAAGCCAACUCCAAUCCAGCAGUUCAUGGGCGAAUUACCUACAGAAAGAGUAACAGCGUCUAGGCCGUUUACAAAAACCGGCGUUGAUUAUUUUGGUCCAAUCUAUGUUCGGCCAGGACCUCGAAAACCAGCUUCAAAGGCCUACGUUGCUCUUUUCGUAUGCCUGUCAACCAAGGCAGUUCAUCUGGAGUUGGUUUCCGAUCUUUCUACUGAUCGUUUUCUACAGGCACUGCGACGUUUUAUUGGGAGGUGGGGGCGAAUCGCUGAUAUCUUCUCGGACAACGGGACUAAUUUUAUUGGAGCAAAAAAUUAUUUGCAAGAGAUCCAUCAACUGUUUAAAUCAAAACAACACCAGGAGAAGGUUUCAAAACAUUGUGCUGAUGAGGGGAUACAGUGGCAUUUGAACCCUCCCCGCGCCCCACAUUUCGGUGGACUCUGGGAAGCAGCUGUGCGCUCGGCAAAACACCACAUUCUUAGAGUGAUCGGUGAUCAGCCGCUACCAUUUGAAGAUAUGAAUACAUUAUUGGUUCAGGUCGAGAGUUGUCUGAACUCCCGACCGAUAACACAGUUAACAGAUGAUCCUAACGAUCUCGAGCCGCUAACUCCUUCGCAUUUCUGGCUUGGCUCCUCUCUUCAAUGUCUGCCAGAACGAGAUUUGAGAAAUGUAGCAACAAAUCGGUUGAAUAAUUCACAAAUUGUUCAACAAAAAUUGCAGCAGAUAUGGUCUCGGUGGAAGCAGGAGUAUCUCUGCCAACUACAGGCUAGAACGAAGAGGUGGAACAAACCAGUAAAGAUUGAGGUCGGGAAACUGGUGGUGAUCUGUGAUGAUAAUUCUCCAUCAAUACACUGGAAGAUGGGCCGGAUUCACGAAGUGCACCCAGGGCUUGAUGGGGUAGUACGGGUCGUUACGCUCAAGACUGCAACAGGGUUUAAAACCAGAGCAGUCGAACGUCUUUGUUUGUUACCCGUUCAACCAGAAAGAUAA